UUCCCGCAGCUCCUCCCGCGGCCCCCCCGCUCCCGCAGCUCCGCAGUCCGGCGCAGCCCCGGCCGGAGAAAAUGGCGGAUCGCGCCGAGAUGUUCUCGCUCUCCACCUUCCACUCGCUCUCCCCGCCCGGCUGCAGGCCCCCCCAGGACAUCAGCCUGGAGGAGUUUGACGACGAGGACCUGUCGGAGAUCACGGACGACUGUGGCAUCGGCCUCAACUACGACUCGGACCACUAUGAGAAGGACUGCCUGGUGCUGGACCGCGGGGAGCAGCCCCACCCCGUCUGCACCUUCCAGGACGACUUCCAGGAGUUCGAGAUGAUCGACGACAACGAGGAGGAGGAGGAGGAGGAAGAGGAGGAGGAGGAGGGCAACGAUCUGGAAGCUCCGCCGUCCCCUUCGGCCUCACCCAUCCCCUCGCCCGCCCUGGAGGAGACGCAGAAGCACCGACCCACCACCCUCAACCUGACGGCCCCGGGCACCCAGGAUUCCCUGAACAACAACGGCAGCUUCCCACCGCCCGCUCACCGCACGACCUGGCAGGACGCCCUCCUCCACUCCUCCUCCUCCUCCUCUUCCUCACACACCGGACACUCGUCUCCCCACGCCUGCAUCCUGGACGGACCCUGCCUGGAGAGCCCGCGGGGCCCCGGGGGGGCCCCCCCCCUCGCUGCCGCCCUCCCCCUUGGACUCGCAAGGCAACAGCCCCGAGUCCCCGGCACAUGGUAACCAUCGCCCCCGAGUGCCGGGCAAGAUUUUAACAUGAACCUCAUCUCCUCAGCGCUCCGAGCUCCGCUGUCCCCGCCGCGCCCCCGCCAGCCGCCCCCUCAACCGUGUCUCUCUCCAACAGGGCCCGCGGCUCCCCCCGGCCCCCCCGACGCCGGCCCCCCGCCCCCGGCCCCCGCCGCUGCCCCCCGCGCCCCCACGCAGCCCGAGGCGGCCCGGGGGGCCUCCAGCCCGGGGUCCCCCCGCCCGCAGCCCGGGGUCCCCCCGCGGCCCCCCGAGGAGCGGGCGGACGGCGGCCGCGUGUGCCCCCCGGAGCCGCUCAGCUCCGACGGGGAGGGCCCCCGGUCCGGCCGGGCGGCCAGCGUGCGCGGGCACCCCUCGGGCUCCUCGGAGACCACCUCGCCCUCCUCGGACCCCGGCAUCGAGGCCGACCUCACCAGCCGCACCGCCAAGCCCUUCCUGCCCGGCGGGCGGCACGGGGAGGACCUGAGCUCGCCCGGCUCCGACUCGGACGUGGAGGGGGAGCUCGAGGCGGCCUUCGCCGGCGGGCGCCUGGUGAGCAACAUGAUCUCCUCCAUCUCGGAGACCGAGCUGGACCUGAGCAGCGACAGCAGCAGCGGCCGCUCCUCCCACCUCACCAACUCCAUCGAGGAGGCCAGCUCGCCCGGCUCCGAGGGGGAGCUGGAGCCGGAGCUGGAGGCGACCGGCCUGAUGGGCAUCAAGGACUCGCUGCUGCUCGACAAGGGCAAGGAGGAGGAGGAGGAGCCCGCGGAGAGGGGGCCGCCGGAGCGCGGCGUGGUGAGGAGGGAGAGCCUGGCCGAGCUGAAGAUGGAGGGGUACUACGACAGCCUGGACCCGGCCGACCGCCCCGCGCCCGAGGGCCAGACCGAGGUCUCCGCCUCCAGCCCCCUGGACCUGAAGAUCGACCCCGACCACAGCCUGGAGAGCAUCCGCCGCUCCUUCUACCUGCCCGUGGGGCCCAAGCUGAUGCCCGAGGCGGACGAGGAGGACAACAGCGAGUACGACUCCGACUCGGAGUCGGAGCCCGACCUGAGCGAGGACUCGGACUCGCCCUGGCUGCUCAGCAACCUGGUCAACAAGAUGAUCUCGGAGGGCUCGUACCCCAUCAAGUGCCCCGACGAGUGCUUCCAGAACACCCACUCGCUGUGCGACACCAUCUCCCCGGCCUCCGACCUGGAGCCCGAGAUCCUGAGCGAGGCGCUGGACGAGGAGCCCGUCCCGCGGGACUCUCCGGCGGGGCCGGGGGAGGCGGCGGUGCCGCGGUGCCAGCGCGGCGCCAUCGAGCUGGUGGACAUGGAGACGCUGCGCAGCUCCCUGGAGCGCGCCGAGGACGAGCGAGGCCUGGACGCCGCCGCGGAGCCGCCGCCGCCGGAGCCGCCGGCCGAGGAGCCGGGCCCCUUCCUCUUCCUCAGCAACCCCACCAACGACACCAUCGCGCCCGUCUUCCCGGGGCGCCCCGUCACCCUCGACAGGCUGGACGCCUCCGAGGUCCUGGCCACCUUCGGCUGCCGUCCCGCGCCGCCGCGCGUCCCACCGCGCGCGUCCCCUGGCGCCGAGCCCGCCGUCACCGGGAACCACCGCGGCGCCGGGGACCACCGCGGCUCCGGGGAGCAGCGCCCCGCCGGCCCCGAGGGCUGGGCCGUCGACAGGGACCUGGACUCGGGGGUCCUGGAGGCCGACGACAUGAUCGAUGACGUCCGGUUAGUGCCCCCCGACGCCGGCCCCGCCGCGCUGGACGUCUCCACCGCCAAGACCAACCGCGGCUUCGCCAUGGCCUUCGACGAGGACGAGGGGCCCUUCCCGCCCGGCUCCCCCUUCCCCGCGGCCCCGCGGCGGGGCAGCCUCGGCGGGGAGCUGCCGCCCGUCCCCGGGGCGCCGGAGCCGCCGGCACUGGACGAGUCGCUGGCCUACGACUCGGUGAAGUACACGCUGGUGGUGGACGAGCACACGCAGCUGGAGCUGGUGAGCCUGCGGCGCUGCACGUCCGUGCUGAGCGACGACAGCGACCUGCUGCGCGCCUGCGACCGCUGCGACGUGGACGACGAGGUGGCCUUCGGGGACGGGCUGGUGGCCCCCGACGCGCGCAGCUCCUCCGAGGACUCGUCCCCCGAGGCCGACCUCCAGUUCUCCAAGAAGUUCCUCAACGUCUUCGUCAACAGCACCUCGCGCUCCUCCAGCACAGAGUCCUUCGGGCUGUUCUCCUGCAUGGUGAACGGGGAGGAGCGGGAGCAGACCCACCGCGCCGUCUUCAGGUGAGCAGCAACCCCAGCCACGGG